UUAUUUAAAGUACAAUUAUUCAUACUGCGGUUGUGGCUAAAAACAUAAUUUAAUUUAGUUUUUUUCUUUGAAGUUCUAUGAUGUUAAUAGGAUAGAAAGAAAAAUAGAAUGAUAAUAGAAUAAAAGAGAUCUCAUGAUUUAGGUUACUUACAUUAAGAAAAUGGACAAGACUGAGGAUAAGACGAUUUAUAAACUAAAUGGCCAUAAAAAUGGUAUUAUAAAGGAUAACAUAACUAUACUAAACUUGAGCCACAGGAAUAUUAAGAAUUUCGACGAACAUAUGAAAUUACCGCCUAAUUUGAAGGAAUUGAAUCUUUCACACAACAGACUCGAAAACGUACCAGAAGUAGUCACAAAUCUUAAAAAUAUCAGAGUUCUAGAUGUAUCCUAUAACAAAAUCAAAUAUUUUGAUGAAACACCAAGCUUCUGUCAUAGCAUAGAAUAUUUAAAUAUAUCCAACAAUGAACUACAAGGCCCACCAGCCUGGAUAUGGUUCGAUUCACCAAAAAAACUAUCUGAAUUAAACAUAAGUUCAAAUCUUAACCUAGCUAAUAGUUUCAAACAUGGCUACUUUGAAGAAAUAAUAGAGUACAAAACAAACCUAACAGAUAUUAAAAUACAUCACUGUAGAUUGAAUAAUUUUUUCAAACUUCUAGGAACAUUUCCAAAGGCAAAAUGUAUUAAACUCGGUGACAAUAAUAUAAACUAUACUGCAGCUAAUAAUAUCACCAACCUACCUUGUGAGGGCCUCAUUGAAAGCUGUGAUAUAGAAAAAUUAGACUUAACUUACACACAUAUAUUAAAUAUAAAACCUAAUAUAGAUGUGUAUAGAAACUUAAUAGAGAUUAACUUAGCUCAAAAUGAACUUAUUAGUUUGCCUGAUGAGUUCUGCAACUUAGAAUGCUUGGAAGUAUGCAUAUUAUCGUGGAAUCAUCUUCUAGAUUUGCCCAAUAAUUUCAUGAAAUUAAAAAAAUUACAUACUUUAUGCUUAGAUGGUAAUAAGUUAUGCAUUCUCCCUUCCAAUAUAUGUAGCUUACCACAUCUUAAGAAAUUAGAUUUGUAUGAUAACUGUCUAUAUGAACUGAUUGAUUUAGGUAGAAUUGAAGAAACAGAUCUAGCUCAAAAUUAUCUAGAUGAACCAACCGACAAUGAAUAUACAAGUAAAAAAGAGAAAUUAAGACUUCAUAAUAUAGGACGAUGGGAUGGAAGAAAACAAGAAAAUGAUAAAACAGAAAGUGUAUACUCAUCAUCAUCAGAUUUAACAGAUGAUAGCUUCUAUUUUCGUGAUGGUGAAUUAUCACCACCAUUAACUGACUCGGGAAAAGAAAAUCGUCCACCAAGCUCUAUAGAGGACUGGGAUUCUGAUAAUUAUUGGGUUCCAUGCUAUAUCAAUAAAAGUAAACCUUCACAAUCACCUUGGAUAAAUUUCAUCAAACAGAAGAUGGAGGAAGGCAACUUUUGUCCUGUAGAUAUGCAUAUUGUGUCAGUCGGUGAUCAGGUAGACUAUGAAAAAUCCAUCAACCCUCAGAUACAAUAUGAAUCUGAUGGACAGUUUGAUGAUUACUCCAGUGAUGAUAGCUGACCACUAUUAAAACUUAACCAACUUAGUACAAAAAGAUAUAACAUUAAUAUCAAAAAACAUGAAGUUUUUACAACUUUUGUGUUGAAACUUUCUGUUAGUCAAUUUAAAGUACAAAACUUUAUUAAGUAUUUCUUGAUUAUUUUUGUAUUAGUUAGAAUAUAUUUAACAAAACUAUUGCAAUGAUCUGCAUACAAAAAACAUGCAAAUCAUAUUAAUAUAACAAAAAAAAAUUGGAAUAUCAAAUAUUAAUGAAAAAAUGAUAAUUACUUGUCAUUAAAUAGAUUAAAAUAAAAACUUCUUUGUGACUACGCUUAGUAUCGUAUUUACUUUAAGAGACAUGGUGCUUAUUUAAGAACCACAUAAUAAUUUUUUUUACACUAAUAAGCUUUUUGUUAUGUUUUUUGUUAUAAAAAUUCCUUUAAUUGUAUCAUAUGCACACCCAAAACUAAACUAUCGCAUGAUUGUUUAGACUCGCAUUGAUGCCAAUAAGGCUAUAGUCAAAAUGGCGGGUGUACCAUCGCGAGUUAAAUUACUUAAAAAAAUGUACCUGGCGUCAAUAUGGCGGGUGUAACUUAAUUUCGUUAUAAUUACGUUCUAGAGAAGGUAUAUAUUUUUUUUUGAGUAAGGUACUAAAUAGUACACGUUAGGUACAUUUUUUUAGUAAGUGGUUUAAUUUAAUUCGUGAUAGUACACCCGCCAUUUUGACUCUCACAUAUGGAGGUGCACACACUACUCAAUUUUUAGUUGUACAAAUAACUGUUGGCUGUGAAGCAAUUCACAAUCGCACAACAGUUUUACGAUAGUUUAAUCAAAGAUGUGCGGACACUAUAAUAGUUACCUUAUGUUUUUGUUAAUGAUAGUUUAUGUUCUGUUUAGAAAAAAAACUUUUGGUCUUCAUAUUAAAAAAACUAAAAACAUACAUUUUCCUUACAAACAUAUAAGUACAUAUUUAUUUGCAUAUCUAAAUUGUUUAUCUUAAGUUUAAUCAAAUAAGCAAUAACUAAAACUGUUGUCAAGUUAAAUGUA